AUGAGGGAGGUCUGUGAUGGUGUGUUCAUCGGCAACCUGGCCGAUGCCACGUCAGCACGAAUGCUGGAACGAGCGCAUAUCACGCGCCUUCUCUCUCUCUGCCCAAUGCCUCGCUCUUCUUUCGUUACUGUCACACCUUCUUCCGAUCCGGAAUCCACCGCCAAUUCCGCUGAGAUUCCCGCCGAUACAAGCGCAACAGCUCGCGGGGUAGAAUGUGACAGUGUGACGCGUGGCUGUGACGGGCGCGGCCGGCAACGCCUGACCGUAGAUCUUCUGGACAUGGACGACGCAGAACUUCUGGCGGUGCUGCCGAGCUGCCUGGCGUUCGUCGAGGAGAGCGUGCGUUGCGGGGAGAAGGUGCUCGUGCACUGCCACGCUGGCGUGUCGCGAAGCGCAGCAGUGGUUAUCGCAUAUCUCAUGAAGCUUCACAAAUUGACGGCUGAGGAUGCGCUUCGUCUGCUGCAAUCCAAGCACCCCCUCGCAUGCCCCAACAACGGCUUUCUGCAUCAGCUUCGGAUUUUCCACAGCAUGGGGUGGGAAGUCAACCCCCACCACUCCGACUACUCGCGCUUCAAGCUGCAGCUCAUGGCCCGCCGAAUCACUGGCACAAUGCAUCAGGGCGUGUCCAUUGGGGCCAUUAACGGAGCUGCUAGUAACGGAGCUGUCAGUAACGGGGAUGCUCAGUUGCGGGGUGGAGUGGAGGGUGCAGGAGCAGCAGAAGGAUCCGCUGCAGCAACAGGAGAAGGAACAGUAGGAGCAGGAGCAGGAGCAGGAGCAGGAGCAGGAGCAGGAGCAGGAGCAGGGGCAGGAGCAGGGGCAGGAGCAGGGGCAGGAGCAGGAGCAGGGGCAGGAGCAGGAGCAGGGGCAGGAGCAGGAGCAGGAGCAGGGGCAGGGGCAGGGGCAGCAGCAGCAGCACCAGUAGGAGGAGGAGCAGGAGCAGCAGGGGCAACAGGAACAGGAGCAGCAGCAGGAGCAGCAGCAGGGGCAUCGAAGGAAGCAGCGAGGUCUCCAGAGGUGUACCGCUGCCGAAAGUGCCGACAGGUUGUAGCAGCAGCAGCCAAUGUGCUCCCUCAUUCCCCCACUGCUGCUGCUGCUGGUGGUGCUGCUGCUGCUGCUGCUGCUGGGACUGGUGGUAGAGGAGGAGGGGGGAGGUUUCGUGGGAAGGGCAAGGAUUGGGGGAAUGGGGCGGAACGGGGAUGCACGUCUGUGUUUGUGGAGCCACUCAAAUGGAUGGGCGAUGUGCAGAGUGGGCAGGUGGAGGGCAAGCUGUCAUGUGCCCAGUGCUCCACUCGCCUGGGCUACUUCAACUGGUCGGGAGCUCAAUGCAGCUGUGGCGAGUGGGUCACUCCAGCCUUCCAACUGCAUAAGAAGUGUGUGGAUGAGUCGUGGCAGUGA